AUGUCUGCCUUCAACCCUGUAUACACACUGGCCAAUGGUCAACCGAGCCCAAGUCCGGGGUCUGUCCACCAGAUUCGAUACGGUAACAGCAAUGGCGGCCUAGUCACCUUGGCUGAUACCCAAACCAUUGAAGUGCUUGCGCAUUUUGCACGGGAGCGCAUCCCAGAACGGAGUGUUCAUGCAAAAGCCGCCGGCGCCUUUGGCGAGUUUGAAGUUCUCGAAGACGUAUCUGACUUGACCGAUGCCAAAUUCCUCACAGGAAUUGGCAAGAAAACUCCAAUCUUGGCCCGCAUCUCAACCGUUGGUGGAGAAAAAGGAUCUAGUGACACCGUUCGCGAUGUUCGGGGCUGGGCCACAAAGUUCUAUACCGAGGAGGGCGUGCAAGACUUUGUAUUUAACGAUCUGCCCGUCUUCUUCAUCCGUGAUCCCAUCAAACUCCCCUCCAUGAAUCGGAGUCACAAAAGGCAUCCUCAGACAAAUGUGCCGGAUAACACCAUGUUUUGGGACUUUCAUAAGAACAACCCUGAGGGUAUCCAUGCUCUCAUGCACCUAUUUGGACAGCGCGGUAUUCCGGCUUCGUUGAGAAAUAUCAAUGGUUUCAGUGUCCAUACCUACACUUUGAAUAAAGCCGAUGGAAGCUAUGUCUACGUCAAGUGGCAUUUCAAACCCGACGACGGCAUCAAGACCAUGGACGCAGACACCGCGGCCCGAUUGGCAGGAUCAGAGCCUGAUUAUCACGUCAAGGAUCUUUUCAAUACUAUUGAGGGCGGAAAUUUCCCGACCUGGACGGUAUACGUGCAGGUUAUCAAGCCCGAGGAGGUGAAGGCGGCACCGAUCGACAUCUUUGAUUGCACCUAUACCUGGCCUUAUGAAAGUUAUCCAUUGCGUCGUGUCGGCCGUUUAACCCUCAACAAGAAUCCGAACAAUUAUUUUCAGGAUAUUGAGCAGGCUUGUUUCUCGCCGUCCAACAUGGUCCCCGGUAUCGGACCUUCCGCGGAUCCAGUUCUGCAAGCAAGAAUGUUUAGCUACCCGGACGCGCACCGCUAUCGCGUAGGACCAAACUACUUCCAACUUCCACCGAACCGGCCAAUUAACAAGGUGUACGCUCCAUAUGUACGGGAUGGACCCGGAACUAUGAAUGGGAACUACGGAGGUGAUCCCGAUUACGUUUUCUCGGAGCUUCGCCCAGUGUCUCAGAGCAACAGAAUUCAGAUGCCGGUUCAUGAAAUGUGGACGGGGAAUGUGACUUGCUUUUCUACCUCGCUCACUGACAAAGAUUUUGAGCAACCUCGCAAACUGUGGGAGAUCAUGUGCAAGGAGCCAAAUGGAAAAGAACAACUCCUUCAUAGCAUAAUCCCCACGCUACGAGAUAUCCCAAGCAACCUAAAGAGGGAAGUCUUAGGUCAGUCAAAACUACCGACCAGCCAUGUCAUCUAA